AUGGUUGACACUUUCCUAUGUUGUGGGGAUUUUUCAUCGCGAGAAGAGAAUGUCAUUCUUGACGAGACGACGUGGUCGACACUUUCCCACGUCAUGGGAUGGGCACGUUUGUUCAGGAUCCAGGAGCCGGUAUAUCGAGAGUUUUUGCUGGAGUUCUAUGCUACAGUUUCCUAUGAUCCUGGGAAGCCACUCAAUGACAGGACAGCCUUUGCUUUCAGACUGGGAGGAGUGAGCCGGGAAUGCAGCGUGAUAGAGCUUGCUACUCGGGUGGGUAUUUACACAGCCGAUGAGACAAGGAGUGUCCACUUCCCGACAUUUCUUGCUGACUGUCUCACGGAGCGGCCGGAGGAACUACAAUGA